GUUGUCCAACAUUUAAGAGUACUUGAGUUUUACAUGCUAUGUUACCUGGCAACGAGUUUCCAAAUGGAGGAUUAGAAGGAGAAAUCAGAACUAUCAACACGAUAAAUAGUUUCAUCUGUAGACGCGUUAAAGAGUAGACAUGGCUGUAGCAAACACAGAACCUGUUUUGAAAGAGUGUGAUUUGAAACACUGCCUGCCUCAAAUAUAUAAGGCCCUGUUGACAGCUUCAUGCCUGUCAUGUCCCAGUGACCCAAUACAGUUUCUGAAAAACACUCUCUUGGCCUUCCAGGGACAUGAUAGUCUUCAGGAUGUAGACUGGCACAAGUUUGUUGUUGAUGCCAAACAGCUCACUGCAACAACCACCUCUCUGACAUGUAGGACUGUGGACACAGCCUAUAUGGAUCCAGAUGACAACAUGCUGUCCUUUUGUCUAUUUGAGAAGGCCUACACCUGUUACAGGAAAAGUUUAACAAGUUCUUACUUCAGGAAGUGGAAGAGGUUCACUGCACAGAGCAAGAGAGACACCGUAGAGCUGGCUCUUAAGAUGGACGAGACAAAGAGGCACUUUGAGAGGAAAUGCCAGCGGGUUGCACUCACCAAAUGGUUGAACUGGGCAAAGUUACGCAAGAAGAAACAGGCCGCUGCCACUGAGAAACUUGAGAGACUUAUAAACGCUUGUCGUCUUAAGCGCAUCAUAGCUGCAUGGUGUAAUGUUGCAAAGGACUCAAAGAGGACAAAAGAGUACUUUAAGAAGUUGGAAAUGGGUUUUAUAGAGAUCAGCAACAAAGACCAUCAGAUCGGAUGUGAUGGACUCUCAGUGCUCCCUAGCAGCCUCUCAUUGAAGAUCUUUCAGUAUCUAGAACUACGAGACUGGCUGAAUUGUGCCAAGGUGUGUUGCACAUGGAAAGCUAUCAUCCAGUCAGGCACACUGUGGAGUCAGAUCAACUUCUCUGUAGAGAAGGACUGGAUAACAGACAGCACAAUGAAGCAGAUUCUGCAGAACUACAGCAUAUUUGUGACUCAUCUUAACUUGCGGGGCUGCACAUCACUUACAUGGCCCAGCUUGAAAUGUAUCGUUGAAUGCAGAGAUCUCCAGGAGCUCAAUGUAUCAGAGUGUUUUAAUGUCACUGAUAUGAUGGUUCAGAGGAUUGUCGAGGGCUGUCCCUGCCUGCUCUACUUGAACCUUUCCUGCACGCUUGUAACAAACAACACUCUAAGAGAACUGUCCAGGAACUGUCUCAACCUUCAAUACCUGAGUCUGGCCUACUGCUACAGAUUCACAGAUAAAGGCUUUCUGUACCUGACCACAGGAAAGGGCUGCCACAAACUCAUCCACCUCAACCUGUCCGGCUGCACUCAGAUGACAGUAAAUGGGUUCAAGUACAUUUCUACUGGAUGCCCUUCACUGAAAGAGGUGGUGAUCGAUGACAUGCCCACACUUUCAGAUAGCUGUGUUGUGGCACUACUUGCCAGAUGCCACUGUUUGUCUGCCAUUUCCCUGUUGGAUGCUAGUCAUCUUUCCGACGUCGCCUUCAAAGCCAUCGCUGAAGUAGCCACGCUGAAGACUUUCAGCACAGAGGGUAACAACCAACUCUCAGACGUCAGCUGGAAGGCUCUGUGCAGCAGCUCACAAGGCCUCCGCAGACUCCACGCUGCAGAAUGUCCCAGAAUGACCGACACCAGUCUCAAAUCUGUAGCCACCCUCAAGAACCUGCAAUACCUGGACAUCUCACUUUGCAACAAGGUGAGCGAUGUUGGGAUUAAGUACUUGACUGAAGGCUCCUCAGUCACCAAACUGCGAGAGCUGAAUAUCAGUCACUGCAGUUACAUCACUGACAUCUCUGUCAUGAGGAUUGCUCAAAGGUUGUGUAAACUGCACCAUCUCAACUUGAGUUACUGUGAGAGACUGACUGACACAAGUCUGGAGUGGCUGAGUGGCAGCUCUAUCUCCUCUCUUGACAUCAGCGGUUGUAACAUCCAGGACCAGGGGCUGGCUGCUGUCGAGGGAGUUCGCCUGAGGAAGUUAGUUCUUGCUGAGUGUGUCUACAUCACAGACAUUGGCAUAGAGAAACUAUGCAAGAACGUGAGAGAUCUGGAACAUGUUGAUGUGUCUCACUGUGUGGCUCUGUCUGACCCGGCUAUCAGAGCCAUUUCAUUUUACUGCAGAGGUCUGGUCACACUGCAGAUGGCAGGUUGUCCCAAGAUGACAGAUAUGGCAGUGCAGUAUCUGACAAGUGGAUCUCAGUACUUACGAGAGCUUGAUGUGAGUGGCUGUGUUCUUCUCACAGACCGCACGCCUCGACACUUAGAGAGGAUCUGUCCUCCGCUCUGCUCCAUCACAAUGACCUGCUGCCGUGGCAUCUCCAGGAGGGCCGCCUUAAAGCUGCAGCCACGUGUGGAGCACUGGGAGCACAGCAAUGACUACUCUCCAUACUGGUUCGGGUACAACAUGGGCCAAAUAGUGCCUCCAGUAACAAGACCCAUCAAGACUGAUGACACCUGGGAAGUGGUGGAGAAGCACUCAAUGAUAACAAGAGCAGCAAGUACAGAGAGGAUAUAAACAGGUGUCAAUAAGUAAUGAUUUUGUACAAAUAGAGUCCUGACGAAUAGGUGCAGCAUUACUGACAAUCAUGCCAUAUAUUGGAAUUCAUUAGAGCAUUUUCCACAAACCAUCAUUUGAGAGAAAAUCUCAAAUCACUGGUUAUUAUCAGAGUAAGUUUCUGUUUGUGUACCCUACCUGACUGGAUAGAAACUCAGACUUAAUGCUGCUUCAGCUGAUGCUCUGACUCAUUAUAUUUCAUCAGCUCCUGACAGUGAAACGUCCUGCACUGUUCUGUGUUUCAUAGAGCAGAUGUCUUUUUGACUCUACAUAAACUGUCACAGAUUGCUUUUUACCCAGCUAGACUCUAAUGGCUUUUCCACACUUUUAUACCAGUGAAUUGAAAUGUUUGAUUUCCAUUAUGACUUUUUUUACAUGACAGUUUUUAUAGUAAAGAUAUAUUAUUUCCUGUAUAUUUAAUUUGUGCUCUCUCUUGUGUCUCUCCUGUAACCUCUCAGUUUUAAGUUUGUUUUAAACUCUGAAAUAACUAAGUGAAUGUAAAAAAUCUUACUGCUCCAGUUUUGGUUCAUAUAUACUGUAUUCCUAAUCUCACUACACUGGAUUCCAAAAUGUGGUAUGGAUAGCUAACAGCAAAAUUAUUGACAAAAAUUGCCAUCCUAUUUAGGAGUAAAGACAUGACACUGGUAUAUAUUUAUUAGCAGAUCUUUAUACUUUCAUACACUUGACAAAGCACUUUAAAUAUGGGCUCUUACUCAACCAGUUCAACAGCCUGCUUUCAGAGCUGGUUAAAUCUGAUCAGAAUUAUUUUUAUCUCUUUUUUGUGAUGGUUUAUCUAUGCAGCAUCUGUGCACUCAUUGUUUAUCUUUUUCUUUUUAAAUUAUUUAAUUUAUAUUCAUUUAUUAUCAUUUAUUUAUUAUUACUCUUCUUAAAUUAAAAAGAUGUAUUAUUUUA